AUGGAAGCUGAAAUCUGUGAAAUCUGGUAAAAAAUAAGCAGUCACAAAGAAGUUCCUACACUAUCGAUGACAAUGCACAGAGCUCAUUGUGAGAGAAAUACAAUGAGAUGCCUCAAAUGCAACGAGCUCAUAUCUAAGCUCGCACAAGAAGAGCAUGAUCUUCUCUAUCACCAGAUUAAAGAAUGCUCUCAGUGCUAUGCUCGAAUGGAAGCAAGAUAUUUUGAAAAGCACGAAUGCCCCAAAGCUCCAAGUUACUGCCCAUAUUGCGAAGCUACUUAUCCAUUAGAUCUUUUUCAGCCUCAUAUCCAAGCGUGUGGGAGCAGGUCUGAGGAAUGUGAAAAAUGCAAUAGGUUUAUUUUAUUAAAACACUUUAAAAGCCAUCAAGAUAGUUGUGGCAAGGAAGAUAGUGAGAAAAAUAUUAAGGCGAAAGACUUACAAAGAGAAAUUAUGAGGGAAAAAGAAGAGAGAAAAUUUGUAGAGCCUAUUCAAAUAAGCCGUGAAGAAGCUAGAACAAAAUUGGAUGCUGAAAAUGCAGAAAAAGAACUUAAAGCAAAACAAUAUCAAGAACUCCAAAAACAAAUUAUAAGGGAAGGGAAAGAGAAAAAAAUUAUAGAGCCUAAAAUAAGUCGUGAAGAAGCCAAAGCCAAACUUGAUGCUGAAAAUGCUGAAAAAGAGCUUAAGGCAAGACAAUAUCGAGAUCUACAAAAUCAAAUAGAAGCGGAAAGAAGCAAAAAAAUGCAGCUUGAUAAUGAUAGAAUUAAGGCUGAGCCACGAAGACCAGAGAAUAUAUUGCCAAAUCAAGAACCUAAAAAUAGAUUUGCAACAUAUGAACUUCCGCCUCCUAGCAAGAAAAAAGAGCCGCCAAUAUACCAAGGCUCUCACCAGCAGUUUCCAAGAAACUUAGAACCAAUAAAUCAGCCUCAAAUAUUUCCUCGUUUCUCAGAGCCAAUUAAUCAGCCUCAAUUCAUUCCCCAUCGCUCAGAUCCAAUCUAUCAGCCUCAAUUUGUUCCGAACACUUCAGAAGAUGAAAGAAUUGCGAGGGAGCUAGCUCAGCGAUUGGAAAGAGAAGCUAAAGAAAAUAUAGAUAGAAUAAUUGCUGAAGGACUAUUAAGGGAUGAGCAAGAAAGUUACCAAGGAUAUGGACCUAUAAUUGAUGAUAGCGAUAUAUUAGCAAAAAAACUUUUGGCUAAGGAAGAUGAAAGAUUGGCUAAACAACUUUUGGCUAGCUGCUUCCUUUUAAAUUGGAACAAAAAAUCCUGUUCCAAUUUAAAAGAAUUGUUUUUCCAGAUAAAAAAAUAUAAAUUUUAGUUUAUUUUUAUAAAAGAAAUGAUUAAAAAAUUAAAAAUUAAUCAUUCAGCGUGAAAAAUAUCAAAAUAACAUUCUCUUGCUUUUUUUCAAAUAUUUUCAUCUUUAAUUUUUUUUAAAAUAUAAAUUGAUAAGUUUUAAUUUAUUUUUUAUAAAGAAUUAAGCAAAAAUAUUAAUCGAUUCAGUGCAAAAACUGUUUAAGUACGAUUUUGCUUGCACUUUGUCUAUUAUGUUAGUAAAAAAAAAUUUUUAAAAAUUCGUAUUUUCAUCGUUAAAAUUUUCCCAUUGAAAAUCAAAUUUGUUCCAAUUUAAAAUUGGGAUAAAGUACCCAAAAAUUGCAAAUUUUAGCGAUGGUUUGUUCCAAUUUAAAAGGUUGAAGUGAGGAAGACGAAAAACUGGCUAAAGCACUUUUGGCAAAAGAAGAUGAAAGAUUGGCUCGCCAGCUAGCUGGAAAUGGGAGGAUCCCAUCAGAUCGUUCUCCAAAUGUUCUAGAUUAUGCUAAUUUUACGAAUGAACAAGAUUAUAAUUAUUUUGGAAACUCUAUACAACAAAAUAUUUAUCCUUAUAAACAGCGGCAAAAUAUACAGCAAGGAGAUUUGACUGAAGAAGAACUAUUAAAAAUUGCAAUGCUUGAAAGCUUAAACCACAAGUAA